ACUUCCUUUGACAAUCCAUGGUUUCCGUCGGUGCUGGAUGCUAAGUAGCUAGCUAGCUUAGCUGUAGCACGUAAACGGAGAAGGUGCCGUUUACGGCUAGAGUCCCAAACCGACGGACUUCCCUGUAGGUGCAACCAUAGAUGCAACGGCCCACCGAGCCGCCCACAUCCGUAAGCGGGUAACGACUCACAGAUCUGGGCACAGCGGCACAGGAGCCAUGGAGGUUAGAAGGGCGCUGUAAAUAGCGGGGACUAACACUGCUACUCUCGUCUUGAUUUCCAGUGUUUGCUGCCCAGUCAAUCUAUGUUCUGGCAGUCCGACUCCACAACUCUGUAAAUGGGACGCCAGAUAAACUGUAGAGGAGAUCUCUUUGGUCUUCAAGACAACACUGUGGGGAGAUUGUGACCCGAGCUCUGGUGCAUCAAUGAACGAGGAACCACCAGAGAGCCCUGUCCCGGGCAGAGAGCCUUUGCUGGACAAUGUGGGACCGACCACAGAGGAGAAACCAAGCAGCAAAGCAGAGAGCCCGUCCAAGGCAACACCCUCACAUGCACCCAUUGAGCCCUCGGACUCUCUUCCUGCUAAGAAAACCCCCAGCUUCUUUCCAAUAGAGAAGUCCCCCGAGGAAGUAAACAAAGAGGAAGCGAGGGCUGCAGGUGGAGAGCCUCCUGCUGACUGGUUAGAGCCCCUCGAGGAUGAUGAAGAGGAAGACACCAAUUCCUAUUUUGGUAGGAAUGAUGCAGAGGAAGAAAGCCUGGCAGGGGAAAGUGAGAGGAGUGAGAGCGUGGCGGGCAGCGAGAAGGCCUUCAAAAAGAAACAUCAUAUUCAAGUGACUCGCCGUAAGCGGUCUCAUCCUGACGAGGGAUGGGAGGAGUGGACUGCACUUGGAGAGGGGUGGAAACGCAAGGAAGUUGUUCGGCGAUCAGGGAGCAGCAUUGGUCAGAAGGAUGUCUAUUACAUGAGUCCAAAAGGUGAUCGAGUGAGAAGCAGAGUAGAACUGGUGUCAGUGCUGGAGGGUGUUCUGGACCUGUCAACCUAUGAUUACAAGUCAGGAAAGUUCCACGAUGGCAAGGCACGACCCAUACGAAUUCGACAAAGAGUAAAGAAAAAGAUAAGGGAGCGCUCUUCCUCGGAGUCUAGCUUCAUGGAGAGAGGAGAGGGAGCGGACACUCCUGACUCUUACCACAGGCUCACCCCCAACCUGGGACCCAAAAACGCUUUUUCCAACCAGACGGGCUUCUCCACGCAGAGCACAACCAGCACUCCAAAGCUCUAUCGCAAUGAGGAUCUACCAUGGGAAGACAGAAUUAAACUUCCCCUGCCCUCAUCAUCCAAACCUCUUCCUCUUCCCUCCAUCAAUGGAGAAAUUGGGACAGAGGAGAGCACUUUGGUCUGUGCCAGAUGUGGUAUUUCGUUCACAGGCACAUGGUAUGACAAACAAAGAAAGAGGCCUUGCUGUCCUUCCUGUUGGGCUGCCUCAAAGACAAAAGAGCAUCCGAUGAUCCGUUUCAGAAAGUGGAUUCCUUGUGGCCAGUGUGUGGGAUGUCACAACACCGUGAAUUGUGGGCAAUGUGCCAAUUGCAAACAUGGCCUGCAGAGCCCUGAGUCCCGGAAACGCAUAUGCCGAAAACGCAAAUGUAUUUGUCCUAUUCGCAAGGGACCUGGAAGUGGAGGCUUCCUGCAGCAGAGGUCGUACAAUGACGUUACUGAAGGCUUGGAUGACACAUGUAUGAGUUUUAAGAGUGAAUUUGCUGACUCACAGCACCAGAGUCUCAAAAGCAGCGACACAGAGAACUUCUCUGUCAAUGUGGACGUUGAAGAUGAGGACGAUAUGUCAACUGACGACGAUGAUGAUUGGCAUAGGAAGCGAAAGCGACGCUCGUGUGGAGAAUGCAAUGCCUGUCUCUGCAGGAAAGACUGCGGCACGUGUGAUUUCUGUGCAGACAAACCCAAGUUCGGAGGCAGCAACAAAAAGAGACAGAAGUGUCGUCUACGGCAGUGUCAGAGGCAGGCGAUGAGGCACCUACUGCCCUUCCAGAUGGGACAAGGAGACUUUGGGCCAGAUGGUCCGAUGAGUCCGGGUAGGCCUCGACCUCACUACACGUACAGUCGUAAGUCGAAUUUAAAGCAAGACAAAGGGCAAAAUUUCGGCUUGGACUUCACUGACAAUGAAGACGAUGACUUCCAACCAAUAAGUUGGAGCACUGAGCCUGCCAGGGGUAGCAAACACAGUGAACUGAAUCCACUGAAUUACUCAAAUCCGGAGCAGCAGAAUGGACUGUCUGACAGAGUGCCUCGCGUCAGCAACCAUAACUACAGUCAGCUAGACCCGCAAAGUAAAUGUGAUGCAGAGAGAUCACACUCAGGCAGAUAUGGUCAAAAGCCCAUUGAGGAUGAUGAUGAUGAUGAUGAAGACGAUGAAGAAGAGGAAGAGGACUUGCCCAUGAUCACACAGAUCUUCAGUUUGGCGGCUAAUGCAGCAGGAAGUGGUACUGAUAUUGAAAACCAGCUGAUGAAACUGCUACACUCUUUGCGAAUCUCCGUGCUACCGAUCCUAUGGUAUGCCAUCAUGGUGGAGGGCCCACAGCUGCAGCUCAUCCAGUGCUCCAAACUGUCCAACAUGACCGACACUAUGGUGCUUAUCGACCCAGGCUUCUUCUAUCAGGUCACUGUCCAGAAGCAGCCGCUGCUCCCCACCCACCCGCUGUAUGACAACUACCCCGCAUGCCUCACCUCUGUGACUGAUGUGGUCAAUCUGCUUCUGGGCCUGGAGAAAUAUGCCGUGUGCCAGGGUCUGUCCCCAAAAGAGUCAUCACCUAAAAAGGACCCCAUCGUAUUGGAACGUGCAUCAACAUGUGAUUUCUUGGUGAAAAGGAAUGUGACAAUCUGUAAUCACUGCAGAGCGCUGCAGGGACUUUAACUUCCAGACAGACAGCAGAAACUCUCUGACCACGGUGGAAACCUGCAAUUCUCUAGUGAAAAUAUGUACCAUUUAUUUGUGUUUGUUCAGUUUUAUAUAUUUUUUUAUAUGACAUACUGGAGAUGUUAAAUCGGUCGUGUUUCUUCUCCGGCGGUCUGUGUUUGGCAUCUUAUGUUGUCCGUUAUGUCAGUAUGGGCACUGUGAUUGGAGGGGCUGAAAUCAAUGUGUGAGCCACACUUACACUAAUAUGAACUCCUUUCCCCCUCAUUGUCAUUAAAAUAAUAAUAGGAAAUUUAAUGCCACAUUUUUUUUUUUGUUUUUUUUGUGUCAACAUCGGCCAUCACAAUGUUGUGGUGUAUCACACAUUUGAUAGAAUCAAAACGUAGCAGACUUAAGUAUUUGGACAAAAUAAAUGAUGUUCGCAUUUUUCCCAGAUUUCCAUUUUAUACAAAAAUUUUGGUCUAAAUAACAGUUGCUCCCUUGAUGGUUCUGUUUCUUCAGGAACCAAGGCUUUGAUCAUUUUCUUUUGCAAUACUGACACUAACUUAAGGUACAAACCCCUUAAUUAAUGUGUAUACCAGUUUAUUCAGAUACAAGAAUUAAAAACGAGGAAAGUGAAUACACUGUAUACUAUACACUGAUUUCAUGGAUAUGACAUUGCAUUUAAACCCCCCUCACCACCCUGGCUCCUUGUUCUACUCAUUGAUUAAGAGAAUUGUAUCUAGUUCGUUUCAGUGUUUGUUACAAUAUGACAGUCACUGAAAUUACCAAAUGCAGAAGGAAAUAAAAGCAUUUUAUAAAAGCAGUACAUUCAAUAUCACAUGGAGCAUAAAGGACGUCACGAUGACCCACAUGGCUUCAUGGCAGAGAUAGGAGACGGUGAUCACACAACAACAGAUGCAUCUUUAUGUCAUCGGCAAAGAAAAAGGUACUGAUUAAAAAAAACUCAUUGGAGGUAGUGAUUGCCCAAAGACAUGAGGGAGACUAAAGGCAAGCUAAUGGAGGUCCAGACUUUAGGUCUCUUGGACAUAUAUGAAUAUAUAUGAAAAAUUAUUUUUGGAAAGAAUAACCACCCCCAACAUUGUACUGACUCAACAGGAGUCUUUCUUAAUCAAUACAUUUGUACUUUCUCAGAUGAUCCCUGCUAAAAGCCCAAUUAUGUCCAGUCCUCACUAUAUGUUUUAAAUCUGUUACGACAAAGAAUGGCACUUUUUGAAUGCAUUGUAUUUACAAUGCAGUACAGCUGUUCUGUUACAGCAAAGAGACAUGUUAAACAGAAUGCAUCUGCUCUGAUCAUAAGACGAAAACCAGAGAAAGGCCACGGUCAUCAAGAGUUAUUUGGCUGUAAUGCUUUUGCACUUAAUAUGACAUAGGGGUGCCAAAAUAUGUUAAAUGUGUUUUGUAUAAUUACAUCUGGUUAAAACUGCUGCUGUGGACAUAAGGGUUUGCAUUUUCCUUCCAUGUCUGGGUUGAGUGGUUUGAUGAUUGAUGGUUAAUGUUUUUUAGUUUUUUUAUGACUUUUCUUUAAAGUGAUUUUUUGUAUACCCCUCCAUUGAAUAAGCUGGUGAUUUUAUUUUGACAAUGUGAGAGUUUAUGCAUUCUUAACAUAUCAGAUUUAUUUUGUGUUCCUGGUUUCCUCAAAUAACUGAACAUGUGGAAGCUUCUGUAUGUUUGGGGUCUGUCCAUUAUUCUUUUUUGAACUAUUAUUUAGUGUAUGAAUUCAAACAUUAAGUUAAAUUAAACAGAUGGUUUACUGCCUGUUGUUGCCUUUUUGAAGGCAGUGUUAAAUAAACAUUUCAUCCUGA